GUUCGUUCAUUGCUUCGCGAACCGUGCGCUAGAGUGGAGGGCUUUUUUCUCGCUCGCUCCUCGAGUUUUUUUUUCUCCGCCGCUCACACCCGACCACAAGCGUCGUCGACCGUUCGGUAUAUUCGGUUCCUGAGAACCUUUUUUUUGGGUUUGAGACGGGAACGUCGUGAAACGGUGAGUGCGAAAAGUAAAGAGUGAAGAUUCUAGUGAGAGUGGUGUGCGUGUGUGCUUCUGAUUGUGUUGUAUAGCGCGCACCGUGUAGAAAAAGAAAAGUAAUCAGGAGUAGAGUAGAGCGGAGGAAACAAGCCUUCGCAAGACAGUCACGGUACAUCCUAGCAGCGAUCUUGAACUCAGUGGCUUUUCGGACGGCAUCUGAAUAGCACGCAUUUAACCGUUUGGUGGGCGUUCGUUCAAUUUCCAAAGCUUGCUGCGGAUAUUUUACCCGCCUUUUCGAAUUCUAGUUUUUGUUCAGUUUUAAGAAGGCUGACAGUGACACACAAAAUCGUGAUUUCGCUCUGGAUGGAAGUGUCCUCCGGCCGAGCGGCAUACUAUUACUACCAACAGUGGAUAAUUUACGGCAGUGUUUUGGGGCCGAAGGAAAUUACAACAGUGGAAAAGUGUUCCGUUCCCGGUUAGUUUAGAGAAGGGAACCCGGCAAAAACGCCUACUGUGACCUUGAUAAAAGAGGAAAAAAUAAAAACCGGCGAAAAAUAGAAGUGAACAGUUUUUUUUUAUAAACAAACGACAAAAGUGCGGUGGAAUUUAUUGCGACAGCAGAGAAAAAAAAAGUUAGAACGAAAUCGAAGUAGCGAACUGCCUGCGCGCGACCAGAUCGAACUCGGAAACUGGCCCCGGAAAGUGUCAUGCAGAUACGGAGACCCGUCCUGCCCAGAACCCGUAGAUCAUCAUCGACGACGCUAGUGAAGACGACGCCACUUCGAAAAAAGACCAAUACUGCGAAGAAUCGUUCGCAAAACAAAAACUCACAGAAGAACAAUAGAAGACUAGUUGUGCUACGAAUACUACCCAGUCGUUUGCUUGUGGUGCGAAAAACUCGAACAAAAGACCAAAGACGGCGAACAUUGUCCUGGCCGGUACCGGCGAAUAACUGUUCCGCAAUACGGUCGUCUACCAGCAGCAGCAGCAGCAGCAGAACCGGCAUUUUUGCUGUUUGCAAGUGACUUCGAAUUUCGGGAUUUCUCGGUUUGAUUGAUAAAAUAAAACAAGGCAGAGGUUGUUUUUUUUGCCAAGUUUGACGCCAAGUUCUACAGAAUAGUAGUGCCCAGUGCAAAAAAGAAAAAAAAAAUCUCGGACUCGGGCUUGGAAAAGUGAAUUUUUCUAUUCCCGAGCAACAAAAAAGUGUACAGUGAGUUUUUCUCCGGUUUAGCAAGACUGAAAAAAUAGCAGAAGGAUAAGCUAGUUUUUAGUUGCUGGGAGCAAAAGCUACGCGUGAGGAUCAUUUGAAGGCACUGCAGCAGUGUCCCUCAUACAGUGAUAUAUACACAAAACAAAAAAAAAACACCGUUAUUACACCGGAUUGUGAUAUAGCGAACCGAAGAACGAGCAAAACAAAAAAAAAAGCAGUGAAACGCUUAUCAGUUAUUUAAGUUUAACCCCUCACAACAUCAGCAAAAUGGUUCUGACCAAAAUAGAGCCGAUCUGGGAUGACGGUAGCAGCAUGGACACCACGCUGGACUGGCAUCGGGAUCUGGAACUCGAGCUACUGGAGCUGCCGAAAACGGAAUUCUUUACCGACGCCGCCGCCGACAUUGACCAAAUCUACGGUGCCGGUUGUGGUGGAGUGUCCUGCGCCGAACAGCAGCCGAUAUCACCAAAGCAUCAGAUCCGGAAUCACGAUUGUAUGUGGUCCGGAUCGUGCGGCGAUCAGUCCCAUCCGUGCAAGAUGGGUUUCUCGAGCGAGAAUUCGCAGAAUCAACCGUCAACCGCCGGUGUGGGUACCGGAAAUUUCAGUACAGUGACGGCGGUUGCCGCUGCCAGUUUGAACAGUAAUGCAGCCGUUACCCAACAGAAACCGAUUCUAACGCCGGCCAACAAUUCGGCUGUGAACAUCAACAACAACAGCACCAACAAUAGCACACCAAAAAUUGGCUCUUUCAAAGCUCAGACCACUCAACAAAUUCCGGCCGGACGAUCACUGCUGAUCAAUCCACGGAAUAAACUUCAACAGCAGAUCAGUCGGGUGCCGACGGUUUCCACGGCGGACUUCCUGCGGGAACGGGAAGGUCCCAUGUUGAUGCAUACACGUCCCGACACUCCGCUCAGUUUGGACGAAGAUCCACCGGAGUUUAAGCACAACAUCGAUCUGGCCACCUGUACGACCGGAUCCAAUCGGCUACGGCUUACGGACCAUGGCAGUUCCCGCUAUUACAGUCACCAUCCGAACCACCACGACGACGCUUCCUCGCACCGGAUCAUCACCAUGCUCAAGGAACAGCUGGAAGAUACCGGCCUCGACAGUCUCCGGAUGACGCGAUCGUCCAGCGAGAUCGGUUCGUUGACCGAUCUGCUGCAGGACCUGGAGGAUAUGAAGGGUGACGAAGAAGACGACCGGCCGGAGCAGGACUCCGAUACCGAUUCGAACGCGGACGGUGGCAGCAGUUGGAGCAGUGACGGCGGUGUCGACACCACCGGCGGCUACACCCACGUUCACCACCAGGAAAUGAGUCCAUCGUCUUCGUCGUCCUCCUCCUCCUCCUCGUCAUCAUCUUCGACGUCGCCGACGUCCUCCUCAUCGACGUACGAGUACCAGGGUACGCACGUUGGUGAUCACAGCUACUACAACACCAGACCGAAGAAUCGCUACAACAUGACCGAUCUUGGCGUGCAGACCCCAUCGGAUUCCGAAGCAUCCGAGGAGGAAGAAAUCGACGUCGUUUCGAUAGGUGAAAAGAAUCUACCGACGAAUCCGACGGCCCGCGACCGCCGUGCCCUGCAGUCCCGGGUGGCGCACAAAAUCGCCCGCAAACAGGUGGCCGGUUCGCAGCAUCGACGCCGCCACAGUGACGACGAAUCGUCGUUGACGCACGGAGCCACGCAUUCCAACGGUUCCAGUGGGGGAGCCAGCUGUCAUGCCAGCCCGAGCAAAUCCUCCUCGUCCGCGUACGCCCUGUCGCCAAACUAUCUGACACCGGCAUCCUCGACCAGCAUCUCCGGGACGAACACUCCGCUGCCCGGUCACUCGUCUUCGUCGUCGUCGUCGUCCUGCUACUCGUCGAACAACGGUGGAAACAACGGCAGCAGUAUAUCGAAUCCUCGCAAACGACCGAGCAAAGAUGGCGGCAGCAAGAACCGGCACCACCAUCAGCACCGUAACAAAAAGCAACGCAUCCCGGGCAAGAAACCGACGUCCGACUCGUCCGAGGAGAUGGAAUCCCUCGAGAAGCGGAACCUCCACAACGACAUGGAACGUCAGCGGCGGAUCGGGCUGAAGAAUCUGUUCGAGGAGCUGAAACGCCAGAUACCGAACCUCCGCGAGAAGGAACGGGCCCCGAAGGUGAACAUUUUGCGUGAGGCGGCCACCCUCUGCCAGCGGCUUAACCGCGAACAGGAACAGCUCAAUGCCCUGCGGAAACAGCAACAGCGGCUGUACGCCCGCGUUCGACAGUUGCGGACGUCGUUGCACUCGCAACGGCGAACGAUGGAGUAGAACGAAGAGUGUGGAGUGGAGAGACAGGUGUCUAUGUGAGGAAACCGAUUGUGAUCUUUCAUAUUUAAGUGCGACUAAACGCUGCGACAACAUUUAUCCCAGGUGCCAAUAAACAAAACAAAAAAAAAAAAAAACUAAUAACAGACAUACAGAUCUUAAGAGAGAGAGCGAGAAUGAGAGAGCAAAUGCAGUGUUCGAAGCGUGUGACAAUUUCAAUAGAGUUAGCGAGAGAAGAUCGGCGGCGGCGUGAACAAUUCUUUUUGUUAUUAACGGUUUGGUGGCAGAAAGUUCUAUAUUUAAAAGUAAACGUAUAUAUUAAGAUGAAGAUAAUAGUUGAAAAACAAACAGCCCAAAGCACAUUAACCUACUACUACUACUACUUGGCAAGUGAGAGAAAAAGAGAGCGAGAGAAAGUGAAGUCUUGAAGAAGUCUUGAAGAAGUCCGAAGAAGAAGAAGAAGAGCAAGAAACGGUGGACGGUUUUGGCGUGUAAGUACCGACUCCCCCCCUAACUUUCUUACACUCUUCUAAAAAAAUAAGUCAGUUUUGAGUAGAAAAAAAAAAAAUUUUCCUGCACAAACACACUCAAGCAAAACAAAAAGAUUAUUGCAUUUAGCUAGCGGGGCGGCUCUCACUUGCUUUUGCUCGCACAGCGAGCCCAAAUGAUAAUCUUCCUAUAAUCGAUUUUGUUGUUUUUUUUCCCCUGCUUCGUUUUAUUUUGCGUGUAAUUUUUCGAUCGGAUUGCAAAAGAAAAAAUUAAAAUUAAAACCAGAGAGAACGGAAAGAGAGAGAGUGAAAGUUUGUUUUUUUUUGGCGGUGAGAGAAACCUUGAUGAUUUCUCACCCCAACCUCCUACCCCACUACUUUAUAUAAAGUUGACCGCAGAUAAUCUAACAUUAUCGACUUACUAAAGAAUUAGAUGCUGAUGCAGAUGCAGAGAAAAAACCUACUACUAAUUAAGGGUACUUUAUAUUAGUUACAUACAAAAAAAAACAGAUUUUGAGCACUUUUAUUAAAAAAGAGUAAACAAUGAAACGCUUUCAAAGCAAUUAACCUAUAAAUGGCGAUAUCAGAGAUACAGAGUUAAAACUAAACGGAUGUGAGAAGAAAAAAAUAAGCUCUAUAUAUAUUAUAUAUAAUUAAAUAAUAAUACUAGUAGGAUUAGUUUGGAAAGCUAGACAUUAUUAAUUAUAUCAAAAGAAAAUGGUCUUGAAUUUAUAUUAAAACUGAAACUGAAGUUGAACUCUACACUACACAAAAAAAACCUCUAAUAACCUUAAUAAAACAAAAUGUAAACCACAAUUGAUUAAGUAAAAGUAAAAAUGAUGGUCCACCUAAUUUCGUCGAUGGUUUUUGUUCGUUUUUUUAUUUCUUUCUGCAAACGAAAGUACCAUAGAUUUUCGACAAACUUCUAGACGCAACUACCUACCACUCUCAACCGCUAGUUAGUUAGUUAGUUAGGAUAUAUAGUUAAGGUAGAAAACAAGCGAAAAAUCGUUGUGGUAAUUCUUUUUUUUUCGCUAUAUAGUUUUUAAAUAAUCCACGUUUUUUUCACGAUGACUUGUUUCUGGCGGUUUAAAAAAAAAACCGUUGAAUGAUCAUGAAAAAAAGGGAAAUAUACUACACUAUUUACUAUUACUACUACUACUACUACUACUAUUACUACUACUUACCUACCUUCUACCUUGUAAAUAUAGAACAGAAUCAGUUUUUCGUUGUUUAUGUUUAGUUUUUUUUGCCCUACUAUUUUAGCAUCGUUUGUUGUAGAUUUACAAAAACACACACACAAACAAGAGCAAUUCUAACUGAAAGAAACAAUAAAUUAGAAACAAAAAGAAAAAAGCAAACCACAACAACAACAACAACAAAUCCUCGUCACUUGUGUAAUUACGCCUAGGAUUAUUAAAAAAGUUCACGUGAGCAGCAGCGCGAAAAAGAAAAGUUGAUACUAUUUUUAUUAGUUUUUAUUAAUCGAUUAAGUUUUUUUUAUAUAUAUACAAACAAACAAACAAACAAACAAAAAAAAAACAUACAGACAGUCAGUCAUGCAUUGAAGUUAUGAAUUACUAAGAAAAAAAAGUGUUUUAAAAAUAAGAAAAGGAAACUGUUUAGGAUUCGGGACAAAACAAAAAUCAAUGGGGAGGGAAACAAAAUUCGAUAGUCGCACGACAAAAAAAAACGGGUGGGCCUCUAAACUGUCACUAACAGAGUUUUUCUUUAUCAACCUAAAAAAUAAAACAGGAAAUUUCAAAUCCAAAAUAUUUACAGUUAGAGACACCUUUUUUUUCUAUCGUGGGACUGUCGAAAUUUGCGAGCAAACAAAUACUUUAAAAAACAAAUAAAACGAAAACAAAAAAGAAACACAAAAAACAA